AUGGACAUCGACCACUCCAAUACAACUGCCAGCUCUAUCGCCCUCAUCGAUAAUACUGCGCCCCGUCGCCGCCACUCUGAAACUCCCACCGCUACAACAAACGGCGGCAGCCACGUCUCCCGGAAAUGGACGAAAAGGUCAAUUCGCGGCGAGCUGAAGAAGCGCAAGUACGCUAAAUGGCAACCGGAUCGAUUGGGGCUUACGACCGAUGAUGAAGACAAUACCAACUACAACAACCAUGAAGAGGAGGAAGGCAUACCGUCAUCCAGCAGACGACCCUCCGAAAGACCAGAAAUAUCAGACCUCUUUACUACAGAAACAGCAACCACCACGAGCCCUCCCCCCUCGCAAUACCAAAGUCGAAGUGACAGCGCAAGCCAACAACAGCAACCCUCACCCCCUUCGCAGGAUGUAAGCGCCACGGAUUUCGCCCCAGAAAGCAACACCCUCUUCACCACCCACACCACCACUACAACUACAGGGGCUAACGCCCCCAAACUCACCGGCCUAAAACCCAACACCGAGCUCGACAUCCUCUACGAAAACCAACGCGGGUGGUUCUUCUUCGGCAUCCCGCUCUACUCGCACAGCUCCCUACUCAACUUCGACCCCUCCGCCUGGCAGACUGGCGAUCUGCGCGACAGUCCCGUGGACAUCACGAACGCGCAAGUGCCCGAUCCCAGCUGGGUGUGGGCCUGGCGGUCCUGGUACGUCGAUAUGUCCGGCGACGUGGAUGACCAGGGAUGGCAAUAUUCGUUCUCGUUCAAAUCGACCGCGUGGCAUGGGUCGCAUCCGUGGUUUCAUUCGUUUGUGCGACGGCGCAGAUGGGUGCGGGUGAGGACGAAACGGUUAGUGGAUAGACAUGGGCGGACGGAGUUGGAGAUGGCGCAUAGAUUGAAUGAGGAUUAUUUCACGAUUCACUCGGGGAAGAAGAAGAAGAGGCCGGUUAGUGAGGUCGGUGGGGGUGGGUAUGGGACUACGAGUUUGGGUCGGACCACGACUGCGACGACUUCAAGGGAGAUGGAGGAGGAAGGGGCACCGAUAGAGGAAAUAGCGAAUAUCCCGGCGUUGAUGCACGCGUUGAGAGUAGCGAUUGUGGAUCGCGAAAAGGUGGAUGCGUUGGAUCGGUUCGUCGACGAAGGCGGGGAGGAGUUGUUUUAUUUGGAUGAGAAGAUCCCCGAAAUCAUGUCCAUGUUCGUCUUCCAAGCCUCCCGCUGGCACUUCGUCCUCCACCUUACCGACCUCGUCGAGUCUCUCUCCCAACAACUCUCCUCAUCCAGCGGGGACAGCGAAGCCACCGAGCUGCAGCGCAAGCUGGAUCAUCUCCGAAAGGCCACCGAAACAGCUAGACGCCAUCUCACGGGCCCGGGGGUCCUGCGAGCCGAGAACCGGAAAUCGAGCAUGGAGAUGCUGGACCUGACCCCCGUUUCGAAACGCGGGAGUCUGUUGGCGAGAUACUCUGGCCGGUUCGAGUUCAAGUCAAUGGAUGAUGGUGGGGAGAUUAAGGGGAUUCCUAAGGAGGCGGAGCUCCCCUGCCUCUUCUUCCCUCGGCCAUUCCGAUCUCUCUACGACCACGACCCCGGCCACCACGCCUUCCAAGUUCCCACCCCUCCGCCGCUUGGUUGUCUAUCUACCGUCUUAGACACCGUUGCGGCUAGUCCCGAAGAACCUCUCCUAUUCCUGUACCCUCGCUGGGUUGGCUCGGCUGUACGACAACACCGGAGACUUGUUUCCUCGACUUCUCGGUAUACACCAGGUGGAAAUGAAAAUGUAUAUAACGCUGCUGCUGGGAGGAGGACGGUAGCGAAGCCGCCACCGGCGGGACGGAAGCUCUCGUUUGGGAGCUCGUCGAGACGGUGGGUUUCGACGACGGCGGCGGAGGCUGCUGUUAAGACGGAGGUGAAGCGGGAUGUUGUUCCGCCUGAGCAGGGGAAGUCAGCAACGGCUCCGCAGAAAGGGAAACGUGGUGAAGAGAAUGCCGAUACCGGAUCACCUGCAUCCAUCUAUAACCAAUUAGACAAUGACCCGGAAACCGAGGUGAAGAGCGAGCGACACGUCUUCAAUAUCUUCUCCGAUUUACAGACGCGACCUGUGCAGCCGACGACGGGCCGGAAGGGUGUGAGAUCAUCUACUGGUGAAACGCCCGCUAUUGCGCUGAAGCAACUAUCGCACCGCGACCGACGGAAGUUGAGAUAUCGGCUGUUUUUGACGAAGCAGAGUCAGGGCCGUGAUAAGGCGAAGAAUAACCAGUGGAAUAAGUGGACGAAGAUUCGGGAGAUGUUGGAGGAGAUGCAUGAGGAUACGCAUGUCUGGGCGAAGAAGGGUGUCAAGCAGAAGGAAUUGCUCGUGCCGGAGGAGACGAUCGCGCUGUUGGCCGGCGUCACGGACAUGGCGUUGAAGGAGAAUGUUUGGUAUGUGCCGGUGCAUAAUGGGUGCAAGGUGCAUGUGCUGCGUCCGUUGCAGAGCCAGGGUCGGUUUCGAAGAGUGAUUCUGUCUGGCUCGGAGCGGGUGGUUGAGUUGGUCAGCGAUAGGAUUGCGCAGGCGAGGAGACUGCAGGAGCAGAGUGAUCCUCUGGUCGAUAUCCAAAUCCCGCUUUUCCCGAUCAUCCCGUCUAUUGAAGCGCUGAAGCGUCAGGGUGCGCCAGUGCCGUUGGUUCGAGGUGUAUGGGAUAUACAGUCGGCUGUCAAGCAGGCCGCGAAGCUGCAUAUGGUUCUACCUGCUGGGAAGAAUUUGUCUGGGAUUAGGGACUUCGCGGAACAUGUGGAGGAAUUGACGAGGUCAAAACCUUCGUAUAACUCGAAGAUUCCCUAUUCGCACCAAAAGCAAGUGGCGCGGGCCCUUGUGCAGCUUUUCCGGAAUGAGGCAUAUUCCAGCUUCAUGUCGACGGCUGCAUUGAAUCGAGCGCUGUCCUAUCUGCUUGACCAUGAGUUUCUGAACGCCGCCCGCGACAUCUUCCUCAAGUCCGAACACCUUGCGACGGUGGAUACCUUUAAUAUCCUCCUGAAGUCUGCGGCUAAGAGGCAAGACCUCCGCUUCUUCCGUCAGUUCUUGCUGGCCAUGUCUCGACUGAGCAUUCGGCCGGAUCCCAACACAUGGCUCACCCUGCUGGAUUGCCUGGUUGCUCCCAAGGCGAAAGCAGAUCUCGUCACGUAUAUGCUGCAGCGCGGGUACCUGGAGAACAUGGGUGCGAUGCGGACGGCGCUACACCUGACCCUGCCGAACACGUUCCGAGCACACUUAGAAAGUGGCAAGAGCGUGGAUUCAUUCAUCAGGCAGACCGCCGACUCGUGCGGAGAUAGCUGUUUCGCUCCAUCUCUGAUCAGCCAGAUGUUCGGUGUCAUCGUCCGGCUGAAAGACUUUGCUGCCCUGGACCGGUUAUUCGACAUCUGCAAGCAGAACGACCUAACCUUCAACAGUGCUACCAUCACCCAAAUUCUCUCUCUUUUCCGAGCAGACAUGCCCACCGCUCUGCGGUAUCUCUUCCGAUGCCUAGAGCGCCCCGAAACGAAGCUCGAACGGCACGCAUGGGAGCGACUCUUCCUGGUCGCUUUCAAAGGCCAAUACUACAACAUCUGCCGGGUCCUCUGGAGGUACGCGUGUAUGUCCGGAAACGUGACAUACAAGAUGAAGCGCACGGUCGUGACUUCCUUGAUCCGCAAUGUGCCCCGAAAGCCCGAGACCAACGUCCACACGAUUUGGGAUGUGAGUGCGGGCAAAGUCAUCGUAGGACUGGAUCUGCACCGUCCCGACCAUAAGCUCCAGACCACCGUGCUCGACAAACUACCCCGGGAGUAUCGCACCAACCCCAUCGCCUAUUUGAGUUCAGGCUACAAGCCCAGCGGCGAAGAGCGGGAGCAGCAGAUCCAAGUGGCCUCUGCGCUCACGCAGCAUGAUAUCGAGAUCGGUUCCUGGCAUCGCCCGCAGUUUCCUCUGCUGAUUAUGUUGGAGGCCGCCUCGGUCUUGGAUCAAGAGUGGCGGAAGGUGCCGCGGCCGGUACACUGGCUGGUCCAGAAUGCCAUUCGCGUGCCGGUGAGGAAGUCGAUGUAUCCGGCUUGA